GAGUUUGACUGUGACUCAGGCGUAGACAUUAACAGCCUAGGAACUAACGAUCGAAUAGCUGCGCGAGCGGAACGGUGUCCGUCGCACCGGUGUCCUCUUGCAUCCGGUCGGUAUGUUGCUCGUGAGAAGGUGGCAGAGGCUCAGACCUGCCUCCAAUCUCCGCGUGGAUCAAGGAGUGAGGACGGCGUCGUUGGAAAGCGUCCAACAACAGGCAGAUGAUGUGCUCGUGAAGAUGGAGAACCCGUACAAGCAGCCGCAGAGGGGCUGCAUCCUCUGUAACCUUAACGUGGACUACAAGAACACCCAGCUGCUGUCUCAGUUCAUUUCUCCACACUCUGGGCGGAUCUACGGACGACACCUGACAGGGCUGUGCGGCAGGAAGCAGAAGGAGGUGUCCAAAGCCAUAAAGAAGGCUCAGGCUCUGGGUUUCAUGCCGGUGACCCACAAACACCCCCAGUUCAUGAAAGACCCAAACAUCUGCAGCACCAAGCGGCUGGAGUAGAGCGUCCGCACUCACCGACGGCCGGUGCCGGACUUUUUACCUGCAACACUUCAGCAGCACCUGGAUGUCAUGAAGAAGCGGCGGCUCUGUCCACACGUUACCAUAGAAACCGCUCACCCCGCUCGUAACUCUGUCCCGGUUUCAGGAACCAGUUUGGACUCAGUCCCAGUGUGUUCUGUCAGUGUAAAGCUGCUUAUGUGAACAUUGACAUUAAAAUAUCAUCUGAAACAGUU